AUUACAUAAAAACACCUCUCGGCCACCUCCACCGCACCCCGCCCCGACUCCUACCCAGAUGCCGGCCACGGCCAGCGGCGGCGCGCGGCCGGAGGAGGUGUCGCCCGCACCAUCGGCGUCGGCGUCUGCGUCGAGCUGCAUGGGGACGAGGGCGGAGGAGCUGACGGCGAGGCUGGCGGCCGCGGGGCCCUCCCCGGGCGCCGGUGCCGGCGGAGAGGAGGUGGAGCACGAGCGCGUCCGCGCGCUGCGCGAGAUCAAGAACCAGAUCAUCGGAAACCGGACCAAGAAGCUGCUCUACCUCCGCCUGGGCGCCGUGCCCGCAGUCGUGGCGGCGUUGGCGGAUCCCGGAGCCUCGCCGGCGGCGCUCGUGCAGGCGGCGGCCGCGGCGGGGAGCUUCGCGUGCGGCGUCGAAGACUGCGCGCGCGCCGUGCUGGCCGCCGGCGCUGUGGGGUACCUCACUCGGCUCCUCGCUCACCCCGACGAGAAGGUUGUGGAUGCAAGUGCACGUGCUCUUAGAAUGAUAUAUCAAUCAAGAUUAGCUCCAAAGUUUGAUGUUAAUAGGGGGAAAAACAUGAAUUUUGUUCUUUCUCUUUUGGACAGUGAGAAUGAGAAUGUCACAGAGCUGGCUGCUGCUAUUAUAUCUCACUCUUGUAAGAGUAGUGCAGAACAAUUGGCACUAUGCAGUGCUGGAGUUCCACAAAAACUUGUUAGCCUUUUUGGAGGUUCUGUGAAUCUACGGGAUGCUUGUUUAGGUUCUGUCACUGUAGUCGUUCAGAAUAACCAAGAUGUUGCUUCCAGAUUUGUAACAACGGUUCAUGGAAAAUGUUUUCGUUCAGUAGUUGGGUUAAUACAUGAUCGGAAUCCAAGCACAAGACUACUUGCUUGCCGAUGCUUGAUUGCACUUGGGCAUGCUUCUCCUGGCCAUUUUCAGGACAAACAGAUUAAGACCAAGUUGAUUAUGGUUUUACUUGAGCUAAUCGAAGAACCUGGUCACAUCGGAGAUGAAGCUCCCUUGGCAUUAACCACCAUGAUUAAAGAUAGCUUCGAACUGCAGAAACAAGCUCUUGCAACGAACGCAGUUGAGAAGCUCAGCAACCAUCUGCUAGCGAAACCAUUGGAGACAAGGCAAGCAGUGGCCAUAUUGCUUGCGUUAUCUGAACUUUGCUCAAAACUUGAAGAGUCAAGAUCUCAAAUGAUGUCAGAUGAGGUAUCAACCUUACUCCUUGAUGCAUUGAAACAUGAUUGGGCUGAUAUCCGCGUUGCAGCAUGUUCGUGUCUGAAGAAUAUCUCCAGGUCACCAAAGGUACUUAGUGGAGGUCGAUUAUCCUGCGAUACAGUUAUUGGUCCUCUAGUCCAGCUUUUAAACGACUCGUGUACUUCGGUCCAGGUUGCUGCCCUUGGUGCCAUUUGCAAUAUUGCCAUUAAUUUGACACCCAGGAAAUCAGUUCUUCUUAACUCUGGGGUCGUCUCACAUCUUGUUCAUUUGUCAAAGUCCAUGGAUCCAAUUUUGAGGCUAAAAUCUGUAUGGGCUCUCAGGAAUAUUAUGUUUCUUCUUAGUCCUAAGGAUAAAGACUUCAUUGUUAAGGAGUUGACCUUAUCUACUCUUUCAAGCCUCAUAUGCGAUUCUGAACAUUUUGUUCAAGAACAAACCCUGGCACUUGUGCGCAAUCUUGUUGAUGGAUAUGUGGACUCUGCUAAUUUUGUCAUUGGUGAAGAUGGAAUAAUUAUGAAUGCUAUUGCAAGACAACUGAACAAUGCGUCUGCCCCGGGAGUAUUCGUUCAGGGUAUGUAUGUGCUUGCAAACAUUGCGGCUGGAAACGAAUUGAACAAGGAAGCUGUGAUGAAUGUUCUUCUGCCUCACAGAGCAGAUCGCAUCAAACCAUUGUUUGCGGUGAACUUUCUGCAAAGCAAGGAUAAACAAUUGCGAGUUGCCACGCUGUGGUGCCUUCUGAACUUGAUUUACCCAAAAUGUGAAGCCUCAUCUGGUAGGGCUGUCAGACUGCAAAAUGCUGGAGUGAUCCAACAAGUGAAAAACAUGAUAAACGACCACUGCUUGGAUUGCAAGCUUAGAGCACGUAUGGUGCUUCAACACUGCGUGAACAAUGCGGAUGAUUGUUUCAUGUGAGCAACCAGUAUUUCAUCUUGGCAACCAAAGUUUAUGGAACCAUAUUCAGAUCAGGAAAGAGGAAACCAGUGUGCUUCAGAUCUAAUAUAUUCCCUGAACAGUGGAACAUGAGCACCUGCAGGAAGCUUUGGCUGGUCUCUACAGGUCUUCAAGAGCACAUUUUCGCACCAUGAUAACCUGACAACCGGUAUCUGUUGUGCAUGUUGUCCAUUACCUUGUUGCGACCGUGCUGUCUGGAGAACUUGAGCUGCCUGCUCGCCCACUGAAAGGCUCUGGGCGCUAGAUCCAGAAAUCCCAUUUUUCACAGUGCCUGCCGAACCUGGUGCAUAUUUUUGCGAUGUUGACUACUUGAGUAUAUAAUUGAGGGACUGCUGUUGCUGUUGUCGGUGUUGUACAAAAAAUUAUAUUUCUGAUCCAAUAAGGCCCGUUUUUCAUGCACUAUGGGUUAUACGUUGUCCAUGAAUUCCCAUGUUUCGCUGAAAAUAAAGAAGACGCACGUUUCUAUGC